AUGAAUAAAUUAUUAGGAGUGACCGACCAUACAAGCCAUGGUGGCCUAAAAUGGAGAAUCUUAGAGUUGAUUCAAAUAUGCACUAUUAUUAUAUGGAUUGCUUCGGCUCUCCAUGUAGCUGUUAAUUUUGGACAAUACCCUUAUGGAGGUUUUAUUUUGAACCGUCCAACUCUUACCCGAAGAUUGAUCCCAGAACCAGGAAGUAAAGAAUAUGAUGAGAUGGCUAAAAACGAUCAAAAGGCUUAUUUGAGAACAAUUACAGGAAAGUAUGAGGCCCUUGUUGACCUUUCAGUGAUAGAGAUAUUGUCAAGACAUGCUUCUGAUGAGAUCUACCUUGGACAAAGGAACAAUCGAACUUGGACAUCUGAUGGAAAGGCCAUUGAAGCCUUUGAUAGGUUUGGACAAAAGCUAGCAGAAAUCGAGUCCAAGAUCUCAGGAAGAAACCGUGCAAGUCUUAGAAACCGAAAUGGACCUCUUAAUUUGCCUUACACUGUGCUUCUUCCAACCAGCAAGGAAGGGUUGACCUUCAGAGGCAUUCCUAACAGCAUCUCUAUCUAAGGAGUGUCUGAUUUUCUUCACAAACAUACCUCUCA